AUGUGUUACGAAAUGGAAGGAAGUAUUCGGAGAGUCAUCGUCCCGUACCAGUUUGCUACUAGCUUACAUCAUUCUGUUUACAUACAUCCCUGUGCUGUUGUUAGCCAUUCUUUACUCCAACUUCUUUAUCAAGCUCAAGACACAGGACACCCAAGUGAACAGUCCGCCAACACUCAGCAACAGCGGGAAAGAAGAAACCGAAACGUGCUUCAAAUGUCCAUUGCUAUCAUUACAGAGUUUGUGUUUUGCUGGUCACCUCUCUCUAUCAACUUUUUAAUCAUACUGUAAUAACACAGUUCCAUCACGCAUUUCUCGUGUAGUUUCUGGAUAUACUAUGAAGUCACCAUUUUUAUCUGUUUCAUGAUUAGCAGUAAUUACCGAAAAGCUCUUAAAGGCAGGGGGGAAGGUAACUCUAUUGUUUUCCACCUAAGUUUUCUGUUUGGUCUCUAUUUUAACACUAUUUUUCCUUUUGGCCUUUUUUUUUCUUUAUUCUUACCGCUGACCGUGCUGGCGUGCUGGUCAUGCACUUGGAUCAACGUAUAUUUUAAGCUCAAGUCCGGAGUUUUAUCUUGGAAGAGGGAUUUAAAAGCUCUUGACCUGCAUACUGGCCAAGCUUAUGACCAGAUAAAUACCAUAAGCUGUCAAGAAACGUCCCUCCUCUGAAACAGCUGAAUUUUUUUUCGACGUUAGUUGACAUCAUGACAAUCAACACACAGUACACCACAAAAUGCACUUAUUUACAUCCAACACCUACCCACCAGUGACCCUCAGACGAAAGUUAAACUUGCCUUUUGCACAUCGUCGUAAUCGUCAGUAUUAUUACCCUAAAAUCUCCACUGGGUUUGCCGACAAAAAAUAAUUAAACGUAACCUUUUAUUGGUUUUCGGGAUUUAAUUACAAAAUUACAGGUGUAUGCCUAAUACAGCAUUAAAAUGCGGUAAAGCAACAAGAUUCAAUGCUCACAGUCUCUCACAAAUACCUGUCAUUUAGCUUCGUCUUUCAAUUCUACAGCUAAGCAAACUUUGAGAGGAAUGAUAUGGGGUUCCACUAGAUCUGAAGAGCUGAAAAUACGCACAAUGUAAAGUAUAAUACAUCCUUUGAUGAACCUCCUAUCGGUGUGUCUAAACUCCUCAGUCUUGCUGUGCACUGGCCCUCAAAAGUGUGACCGGUUGUUGUGACUGCCCGUAAAAUUUGCUCGACGAUAGAAAGGAAUCUUUAAAAUUCAUUACAACACUGGACAUUUCAUUACAAAAAGGUACUUAAUUCUAGUUUUCUAUGACCAUAGAAACCUUAAAAUCUCCAAAUCCAAGAAAUCAGAACAGUAUUUCCGUGAUAAAAUCAAAAUUUUUAUCCUUCUCUUUAAUGAACACUUUGCUUGCCAUUUUGAAAGUCACUGACGCGAGACGUGACGUCAUACUGGCAGGCGGACUGUACCACAGAUUUCCUUGGAGACACCUCCCCCCCCGCCCAUCCCCCCUGCUUAAAAGAUUCAUAAAGUGUUCUUUUGUAAAGGCGUAGGUCGCAUAGCCUGUGUACCGACGUCCCCCUUCCCUCAGAAAACAAAAUCUCUUUUCCAAAUUUUUGAGGGAGGGGGGACGUCUGUACACAGGCUAAGGUCGCAAAAAUGUGCUUUUUGUUGAUAAUGUUUAGAGAUAGAGGUUCGUCGAACGCGCGCCUGAAUAAAAGUGAUCAUGACUAUCAGUUUAUUUUUAGUAGUAUUAUCGAAAAAAUCUUAGAAGACUCAUGAAAAUUAAAAGUUCUUUUGUACAGUCAUAAGUCGCAAAAAUGUGCUUUUGAUAGAAUACUUUAAGAGUUAGAGGUACGUGGAACACUCGUGGAUAAAAAACCCCACGACUGCCGUCGGCGCACUUUUAAACAGGGGCACCCAACGAGAAUAUAGUUCAAAACCACUUAAACAUGGCAUUGUUGAACGUAUUUUAGUAUUUAAACGGUAGAUAUAGGCAUAUUUUCAUCCACUAAAAAUAUUUCAUCUGUUCGGAUUUCCUAGCUGAAAGUCUAGUGAUCCGAAAAUUAUAGAGAUCAAAACUUACCUUUUCGAAAAUUUCAGCCAGAAAAAAGGCUCCCGAAAAUUCUAGGUGACCUUUUUAGGGUAACAAUCCGUUAAAAAUGGGCAAUUAUACGAUUUUGGGGGGGUUCGAAAAUCCUAGGAGAGGCAGGCAAGCAAGAAAUUUUACAACAACUGUUUCGAAAUUUCUAGAUACCAAAUCGUCUUCCGAACAGAUCUUUUCCACAAAUUAUCGUUGGGUGCCCCUGUUUUAAAACUGAGGAUUAAUGAUAACAUGUGUUUAGUUUAAGUCUCCCAUGACUGCGAAAUGUGACAGCAUAGGCCACGUAUUGUUAAAGGCUGGGUCGUAAAUAAAACUCAGAAACGGACCAUUACAAACGUCAUUGGGAGCGUAGGCACCGAUAUACAACUGUACAACUAACAACUGUAAAUUACUGCAGAACCGCUAAGUUAAAGGAAGAGGUUCUGCCGUAAAAAGGAAACGAAUAAAAGGGACAAUUAUAACAAUCUGUUGAAAUUUUUGCGCCACCCCAAGGUUUGACAGUAUUUUUGCGUUGUCAAAAGAAGCAAAGAAAAAAAUGCAUAUUCUUGUGGCACGUACGCCCUUCAGCGUCCACUGCAAAAUACAAUUCAAAAACUUAAACAGGAAGUUUAAGAGGCAAGGUGUUGUCUUUUACACAAAAUCAAUUAAAUGAUAAUGCCCCUUUGAAAUGUUGUUGUCGCUUUAUAAAUUUUGGUCACCUAUGUUUAAAUACGUAAAGGGCGUAUUUCUACGUGCAAAUAAUAUGUAUCACCAGAGUUUAAAAUGUCCACUCAAUAAUUAUAUUUUUUCAUAUUGGUUUCCAGAUAUCUUUUUAAUCGAUUUCUAAAUACAACCACCAUGGCUUUAAACUGAUAGCAUUCUUUAGUCUGUUCAGCUUGAAAGGAUGGCCAUAUCAGUCUUAAUAACAAUUCAGGAUUGAGCUGAGGCUUCGCAAGGGGACAUAGAAAAUUAAGUUUCAAAAAUUUGGAUCUUAACUGAUCAAUGUACCAGAUAUACUCCGUUGUACAGAAGGCGCACAGCAAACAUAAACUCGACAAUGGGGAAUGGAUCGAUCCAGUCUUGGAACUGUUUUAAACUAUUUAAUAAGAAGAGACAAAACUACAGUGAUGAUAAAUUUUUAGUGUUCGCAGAUGAAAAAAUUUCCCGCGCCCUUGACAACAAGAUUCCCCGCUAAUGAAUAUAACAUUUCACACACCAGUGUUUAGUAAAAUUUGCAUUAAGCACGUAUUUUUAACUACAUUUUCAACAGUCUUGGAGCUGCUUCAAACAGUUUACGGAGAAAAGACAGAAUUACCGACUAGUGAUAAAUUGAGUAUGUGAUUUACGCUGCACCCUCAAAGUCUGAAAUUGUGAUCAAAAGAAACCUUCUCUUGUCAUGAAUUUGUUGUAAUGAAACAUAUAUAUCCUGUGUGAAUAAAUUACACUUUCUAGGGAAAAAUACCUAUCGAAAAUACCCUUGGUCGUGAUCUGAAUUAAAAGAAAAUUAAUUAGCUAUCCUCCUUAUUUAUGGUGUUUGUAGCUCGUGUACUAUUUUUUCCUUUUUAUCUAUCAAUAAGCAGUUGAUGAUUUUUAAACAAAGAUAUACGAAUAAUAACAAUUAUAUGGAAUAUCUCCUAGUUAUUCUUAAGUGUAUUUGUUAAGAUUGACAUCUACUGUUGUAACUUCUGCUGUUCAGCACGUAUAUUGCCUUUUUUAAUUUGUCCUCCAAUCACAUUCGUAGUUAAUAAUUAAUUGAUACAAAAGUCUAGCCAAUUAUUUUCGAUUAAUACCUUCCGGUAGAUCGACUAACUGACAUGAUUUUGAAACUGUAAUUUUAGUACCUUCCUCUCUGUUAUUGUUUAAAUUUUGUUUAGGAGCCAAUAUUGUGUUCUCUCUCAUUGCUCUCCUUGUGUUAUUUCGACUGGACAACCCAAGCUUUUAAAGAGCGUCAAGGAGCAAUUAGGAAAGAAUUUCUUUCAGACAAAGUAAGUACCGUAAAAUUCCGAAAAUAAGCCCCUCCAUGUAUAAGCCCCUCCAAAUAUAAGCCCCCCAAACCGGUGACGCAAAAACUGAUCAGUAAAAGGAGUCUGAACAAGCCCUAGUCAGAAGAAUCUGCUAGUUUCUCUUCGCCGACAGAAGACUUUUGGUUUUCCCAUUUUUAGCUGGACCGAGAAGUAAAUGUUAUAAAAACUUCAUGUUUUAUGCACACGUGAUAAUAUUCACUUAUUUUUUCCUCAUAUUCACCUGUUAAGCCUGGGCUUAAUGGCCUGAAGGCAGCUUCGCCUCUGCUUCCUGUGGUUGACUGUCAAACUUGUCUAGUUGAUGAUGGUACUACCAAUUGCAAAGAUAUCAUUUUUAAUGUGUUAAAACACACUUGUUUAAUCAUCUUCUCAAUCGAUUUCUUAAUACAACCACCUGACCUAAAUGAAGUCUUUUGGUUGGUUUAUAACAUACUAAUACCCCACUGUUUCUGUCAAAAGGUGAGUCGGCGGAUAAUGCCGGAAAUUUACAAUACAAAGUCACUUUUUGAAGGCCUGAGAGGACAGCUGUGCUGUGGCUUCGCAGGGGGCUUACAAUUGUCAAUAAAAGUUCUGACUCACACAGGAUACGCAAUAUACAGUUCAAAGUUACUUGACUGCAUGUGUACGACUCUGUCGAUACGUUGCAAAGCUAAGCAUGAACUCAACGGCGAACGGCUCCAGCGGAUCUUGGACCUGCUUAAAUUUUACUGUGUGGAAAAUCGGAGGAACCGUUACCUACUGUCUGAUCUUUAUCGUUUCACUGGUCGCAAAUUCUCUCAUUGUUAUGAUCGUUUAUAAAACGCCGAACUUAAGAAAACCGAUAAAUUUUUUCAUCGCAAACAUGGCCUCAUCUGAUCUGCUGUAUCCAAUAUUCUGGAUACCUUGGUACCUGUCACUCUUGCACGCCAACUCGUUUCUUAUCGGUGGUCAGCUUGGUCAGGCCUUGUGUAAGCUUCUCCCUUUCUUUGGUAACGUUUCCUUUACCGUUUCCAUUCAGAAUCUGAUUCUGAUAGCAGUGGAUCGAUUUGGAGCCGUGGUGUUUCCACUCCGUUCCCCACUCAUCAGAUCCAAGCUGUGUCCUUUCUUCAUUCUCGCUACAUGGAUAGUUGCCGCAGCGGUCAGUUCGCGAUUCUUGUUCGCUUACGAGCUCGUUGAAUACCCAGAGGGAGACUGGUGUGUUACGAAAUGGAAGAAAGCAUUCGAAGAGUCAUCGUCCAGUGCCAGUUUCUUACUAGCUUUCUCCAUUCUGUUUACGUACAUACCAGUGCUGUUGCUAGUCAUUCUUUACUCCAUCAUUGUUAUCAAGCUCAAGACACAGGCACACCCAGGUGAACAGUCCGCCAACAGUCAGCAACAGCGGGACAGAAGAAAACGAAACGUGAUUCAACUGUCCAUUGCUAUGGUAACAGUGUUUGUGCUUUGCUCGUUACCUGUCUCUAUCAACGCUUUAAUCAUAUUGUAUCAGGACACGCGUUUCUCUUGUAGUUUCUCGAUAUACGCUAGAGUCACCUCUUUUAUGAGUGCCACGUACUGUGCUAUCAACCCAGUUAUCUGUUUCAUGUUUAGCAGUAAUUACCAAAAAGCUCUUAAAAGACUCAUAAAAUGUUCUUUUGUACAGGCGUAG